AUGGUUUUAUUGCGAUUAUCAGCUGCAAUUUUACUGCUGUUAUUUUUUCAUAUGCUUAACGCACAAAUUGUACACAAUGCAGUUCAAGUAAAAAUAUCAGAUUUACCAUUCCCCGUGUCGAAUGCUCAACAGUUAAAUCAAGUUGUUUGGACGAUGCUUGGUACUACUACUAAGGAAACGGUAUAUUGUGUAUCGGAAGCUCCAGUAUCGCAGCUUCGAUUUGUUUGCAUUGACUGUUUCCAAAAAAAUAUCACUGAUAUGGUUGAUGUUCUAAGUAGUGCGCAAGAUUUAACUCGUAGUGCUGGAUUUCCGACUGUUGCAUUACGAAAUGUAGCGGUUAACCCAAAUUGGACUGGUGCAACAAUAAUGUGUCAAGCGGCACUGAAUGGUGAAACAAUAGAUUCAGGUUCAGCCGUUGUCGAUGUUCGGUAUCUACGACAACCACACUUAGUAGAUGCAUCAGGACAAGGACCAGUUCUUAUUGGGAGUCAGGGAUAUCGCUUCUAUGUUGAAUGUGCAAGAACUCCAGAAGGUCAUUGUCAACAAAGUGGACGCCGUAAAGUUCUUCGAUGUGCCGUUCAGGCUCAUCCUCCAGCUACUGUCUUCAGAUGGUUGAAAAAUGGGGUUGUUAUCAGUGGAAAUAGUGCAGAUAUAACAAUUGGUACUGAAAUGAUUGGCCAAUCUAUACAGUGUUCAGCAAAUAAUGAUCUCUUUUCUGAGAACGAUAUGCCUACUUCACAAGCUGUUCAGAUUGAUCCCUACACAGCAGCUCGUAUAAUCCAAGACAAUUUUCAAACUCUACAAAAUACUGCACCUUUCCAAACGGGCAAUCGUGUUGAUAUGAAUCAACAGAUAAAUCUUGGAUGUCAAAUUGAAGGCAAUCCACGUCCAGUAGUAUUUUGGAAACUGCGAAAAUCGAGUGGACAAGUUGUUGAUGCUAUAUGUCCUCAAGGUUUCGAUGGUCAGUAUCAAGAAGUUCCUCCUGAACACAGAAGUCAAGCGCUUAUCACAAAUAUCAUUGCAAGUUAUUUAAAUUCAAAUUAUCAAAUUUCAAAAAAAGGAUUUUUAAUACUUUAUUUUCUGAAUGUCGACAUCAUUUUAUAUUUACGCCUCAUAAAUCGUCUUAAUGCGAUUUGUUCCCUUCGUAUUGGGAAUUACUCGUACUCUGGGCAGUAUUGGUGUUCUGCUUGUUCAUUUAUUUCUCAAGGAGCUCCUGAGUGUUCGCCCUCUCUUGAAACUCCUGGAGCAAGUUCUCUAAUGGUUCAAGUUCAGGGUCCUCCCAUGGAAUCGGAUGCUCCACCGACUGUGGAAAAAACCUCCACAAUGGAUGGAGCAAUAGUUAUUGUUCAUUAUUGUUCUGAACCAUUGCCGAAAUUACCUCGAGAUGUGAUUUUCUCUGUCGACCAAAAUGAACUUCAAGUCGGGCAGAGCUGGCAAAAUUUCAGAUUUGAUGGAACUACUCAAAAUAAUACAGUGCCGAACUGUCAUAUAGCGCGGUUACAAGUUUUACCACUCACUGAGGAUGAUCAUGGACGUCAUGCAGUUCUUAAGAUUCAAAAUACUUAUGGUAGUAAACACAUUCAAGUGGACUUGUCGUCGUUGCUUGGAGAUGGUAGAUCAAGUAUUACUACUUUUCCUGGAUGGUUGAUUAUAUUUUUAGCAUUCUUAUGUUGCGCAAUACUAAUCUCCCUUUGUGUCUUGACUUGUAUCAGGAAGAAUCUUCUUUGCUUUAAAAGCAUCAUCAGUGUUCGACGAAAAAAAGAAAGCGAACUAUCAAAUGAGCUAUCAAAUUCUAAGGCAAUCAUUUGGAAGAAUUUUUGGUUUAAUCAAUUAAAUUAUAGUGGAAAUACCCGGCAAACAUAUAGUACGGAAGAAACGCCAAGGCCACUUUAUCAACCAUCUGGGCAACCAGCAGAGGUAAUACGAUGUGACAGUCGAAACGAUUCUGCUUAUCAUCUGUAUUUGAGCAAAGAAGCUGUCGUUUAA